ACUUAUGGCAACCCUUCUCUCAAGUCUCAAAAGCCCCAUUCCUUAAACCACCAGCUCCUCCCCAAACGCGUUGCGAAUAAUAAUAAUAAUCGUUAGUAAUAGUGUACCUGUAGCUAUUUAUACAGCUUUCUUUCUACUAAUUCAUACGAACAUCUGGUUUUCCAUAGCCUUUUUUCCGAAGAGAAAAGAAGGGGGCAAAAUCAAUCUGCCUAAAACUGCAUUUCAUUUCUUAAUUUAAUUUUUUUUUUGUUUUCGGACACGGAGUUAUUACAUUUACACAUUUUUGUUCCAAAAAUGGGGGAGAUUAGGUUGAGGGUUUUGGGUUUUUUGUGUGUGUGGGUUUUUCUGGGUUCGGUCGUCGUGUGUUCUUCUGACCGGCGCGUGCGCAGGAACGCGUAUGCUACGAUGAUGUAUGUGGGGACUCCGAGGGACUACGAGUUCUACACAGCCACGCGCGUGAUGCUCAGAUCCCUUGGGGCGCUUGGGGUUGACGCCGAUCGUGUCGUCAUUGCCUCCAUGGAUGUGCCCCAACAUUGGAUUCAAGCUCUGGAAGAGGAAGAUGGGGCGAAGGUGGUGAGAGUGGAGAAUAUAAAAAAUCCGUACAUAAGCCAAUCCGAAUAUAACUGGCGAUUUAAGCUGACUUUGAACAAACUAUACGCUUGGAAGCUCGUGGACUAUGACCGAGUUGUUAUGCUCGAUGCCGAUAACCUCUUCCUUCAGAAAACGGACGAACUUUUUCAAUGCGGACAGUUUUGUGCCGUCUUCAUCAACCCCUGCAUUUUCCACACCGGUCUUUUUGUAUUGCAGCCAUCUUUGGAGGUGUUCAAUGAUAUGAUGCACGAGUUAGAGAUAGGGAGAAGUAAUCCGGAUGGCGCGGACCAAGGUUUUCUAGGAAGCUAUUUUCCCGAUUUGCUCGAUCGCCCGAUGUUUCAUCCUCCACCGAAUGGUACAAAGCUUGACGGUUCCUAUAGGCUUCCCCUCGGCUACCAAAUGGAUGCUUCUUACUAUUAUCUAAGGCUCCGUUGGAGUGUACCGUGUGGGCCCAAUAGUGUGAUCACUUUCCCGGGCGCCCCAUGGCUAAAACCGUGGUAUUGGUGGUCAUGGCCCGUUCUCCCAUUGGGCAUACAAUGGCAUAAAACCCGCCUUCAAACUCUAGGGUACGGUGAGGAAAUGCCUGUCAUCUGGAUCCAAGCCAUAUUAUAUGUGGGCAUAAUAGCCGUGGCCCGCUUAGCCCGGCCCAACUUGUCCAAGCUCUGCUACAGUCGAGACGACAAGAGUUUGUUCUUCGUGCAAACGGGCUUCAAGCUAUUAGCCUUGUGGGCCCUAUUGGCUGCUUACAUUGUCCCGUUUUACCUCAUACCCCACACGGUCCACCCGAUUGUCGGGUGGGGCCUUUACCUAAUGGGGGCCUUUUCACUCUCGUGUGUAGCGGCCAACAUUUUCUUGCUCCCAAUGCUGCCCGUUAUUGGGCCGGGCCUCGGGAUAUUGGGCUCCCUUCUUGUCAUGGGCUAUCCGGGCUACCCGAAUGGGAUAGUGAGGGCACUUUCGGUAUUUGGGUACGCAUUUUGCUGCUCGCCGCUCGUGUGGGUGGCAUUGGGGAAGAUUGUGUCGGCACUGCACGUGUCGGUCGAGCAGAGUAGUGUGGUGCCAUCUAUGAAUAAGUUGUGUUAGGGAGAAGAAGAAGAGUAAAAGAAGAAAAAAGGGGAAAAUAAUAAGAUAGAAGGAUUAAAUGUUGUGGUUUUUUGAAGUAGGGGCUUUUUGAAGGUGAUUGAUUCUUUAUAUGAUGAGAGGGUGUUUGGACAGAGGAUUUGAUUUUGGACAUGUGACUUUUGUUGUGACGAUUUUUUGGUGUAAAAAGAUCUUUAGAUUAGAUGGAAAAUGGUCUCUUGUGUGUAUAUAUGUUGGAACUCUUUCUCUUCGUCUAGAAAAUAGCUUUCUUUUUUAUUUCUAAUUCUUGGUUUUAUGUGGUGGGCUUUCAUUAUUUUUCAUUUUAAAUUUGUAAGUUGUAAUGCAAUGGUAUAAUUAUAUAGG